UCUAUUCAACCAGGGUUUUAGAAAUUGCAUUCAACAGCAAGAUGCUUCCAGUAUUAAUAACCCUGUGUUUUAUAAUAUAUCAAGUGCGACCCGUUCUGGGAUGCCAGCUUCCUUCUGAUUGGAGACCCCUCAGUGAGGGAUGCAGAGCUGAGCUCGCAGAGAUUAUAGUGUAUGCCAAGGUGUUGGCGCUGCAUCAAGACGUGUACAGCAUGUACAAUUACUUACCAUACCAAUAUGAAGGCAGCGAGGGGGGGCUCUUCUACUCAGCCGAGAUUGAGCUGCUCUGUGACCAAGCCUGGGGCAGUAUGUUGGAGGUGCCCGCUGGAUCUAGACUGAACCUCACUGGUCUGGGCUACUUCUCCUGUCAGUCACACACUGUUGUACAAAACUACUCCUACAUCUUUUUUCUUCGGAUGGAUGAAAACUAUAACAUACUUCCUCAUGGAGUGAAUUUCCAGGAUGCAAUCUUCCCAGACACCCAUGAAACCAGAAGGACCUUUUCCAGCCUCUUUCAGUUCUCCAAUUGCUCUCAUGGACAGCCCCCCCAGAUCUUCAGCAAUGACUGGGAGGUACAGGAGGACAGCCGGCUCCUGUGCUCCUCUGUGCAGAUGGCCCUCUUUGAGGAGGAGGAUCGUACAAAGAGGCUGCAGGAGAAAGUCGCUGUCCUGGAGAAGCGCAAUAAGAAGCUGCGAGACCGCGUCAAGAAGGUCAAGAGGUCACUGAGGCAGGCCCGCCAAAACAGCCGGCGCAUGGAGCAAUCUAACAAGAAACUGCAGGAGAAACUGGUACAGGCAGGCAGCGAGCACGGCCCCCAUCCUAACUCGCCCUCCAUUUUCCUCAAGGUGUAAUGCACAACGCACGUGUUGCAGUGACUGUUGGUGAUCCAUUAACCUUGCCCCCUUUUUGAUGGGCACUCAUGGAGGUUGCUGGGCAAUCUUCGUUACUGAUAUGUUUCUUGGGUAAUGGUCACAAAAAUAUGUAUUGCGGUUAGUUCUUGUUAUACACAGGUCUGUUUAUAUAUACAGUAUAUAUAUAUAUAUAUAUAUAUAUAUAUAUAUAUAUAUAUAUAUA